CGUUUUCCUCCGGGCUCCUCCUCUCCUGUCAGGAGCAGCAAGACCCCGGCACGUGAAGGGCUGAGAAUCGUUGUUGAGUUGCGCGCGGAGGCGAUUGCCCCCCUCCAUGAAAGGCGGCUGCUGACGCAGACUCUGCCACCUCGCCGCCUUUGCAGUGGUGGUUUUGAGCAUUGGUCUUGUUUCGGCCGAUGGGAGAUGCUACGGGGCCGAAGAAAUGGUACGUGCCUGCACUUUCCCCCUGAAUGAGUGGAUGUUACUGCCAUCUCUAUCCUUCCCUCAGGGCGUGCGAUGUGGUCAAGCAGGAUAACUGGUGAGCUGCAAUCAGUGUGGUCUCUCCCCUCUCGUCUGUUAUCCUUCUCCACACAACACACCGCCUCUAUCUCUCUCUCUCGUUGGCCCCCCUUUCCCCCCCGCCCCCCUCCCUCUGUGCCAGGUGGCGCUAUUUGUGCAAGAAGGAGGACCAGCGCAGCAGGAUGCACCCGGCCUACUGGAAUGCCAUCGGCUACGACCUCGACCUCAACAACCCUUCGGCGUACGACCCCAUGACGCUCAAAUACUUCAACACACGCUUCAGGGAAGAGACCGUUGCUGGCAAGGGGAGGGCUGUGAAGAAGGAGGGCGGGCCGUCGCUGACUUGUCCGCCCAUCGAGGGUGUGAAAGGCGCCACUGCCACGGCCACCAAUGGGAAAGGUGGCCAUGUGAAGAGAGAGAGAGAGAGAGAGAGAGAAGAGAGAGACAAGCACGUCUAUGUGGCUGUCUGUGUCUCUGUUUCAUCUAGGCACGUCUCGCGACACCCAGCCUCUGUCUCAGUCCUCUAUUCUAUCCAAUGACGCCCACUACAUGGCGGCAGUGAGAGACACGCUGCGGUACGUCGCCGAUGACAUCGACAGACACAUGGGCACCAGGGGGGCGGGGUCGGGCAAGAAGGUGAUCCAGCGGCCUCUCACGGCGCAUCCGCAUGGGCACCUGGCGAGCAACAGCCGAUAUGGCAAAGAUGCGCAGACACAGAGACCUCCCAGCAGGUGUGUAUUGGUCACCAAAAGGCGCAACGUAACGAAGGCGCCUGCCCAUGUCGUCACGUUGCUGCAGGCUCGGUGCUCGCACUGGGGCCGCUGGUGGCGGCAUAGACAUGCUCAACGCCAAGCUGGCGCGGCCCCGCUCCUUCCCCCAGACCAACACGGAAAAGAAAGAAGGCAAACAGACAGAGAAAGGGAAGGACAACGACCCGCCACCCACCAUCGACACAGCCGCACUGAAACACUCAUUUCCGCCUCUGUCCGACUUUUCCGGGGCCGGGACGGCCUCAAUGCUGGCCCAGUACCGGCCCAAGACGGUUGGCCGACGGCCUGCGCCACCAUAUGCGGAUCCGCGCAACUCGCAGCAGGUGCAGAAGGUGCUGCAGAGUGUCAUGAACUGCCUGUAGCACGAGGGCAGGAUGCAUGGCUAGGUGGGUGGAUGGAUGGUGAGGAGAGGCGAGCGAGGCGAUUGAUCGGUCGGCAAUUUUGAUGGAGGAUGUUUGUGCCGGUUGGUUGGUUGGUCGGUGUUUCGGGAGGUGUAGGGACGUCUGGGGGGGCGAAAAUGAGGAUUUGUGGCGGUGUGGUGGAUGGACGCAUUUAUGGAACCAUGAGUGGACUGACUGGGUUGAGUGGAUGAGUGAGUGAUCAACCCUUAUA